AUGGGAAAUCGCGAGGGAUGUUUCACACAAGUCGGGAUACGCGGGCAGAACUAUGAUUUCCGGCCGACGCCUAUCCCGCUUGAUGAAUGGAAUAACAACAUACGUGAGAGUCGAGCCGGAACAUUACAUGAGACUUUUGUGACAGAAAAACCGCCGUCAAUAGCAGCAGUACCAGCACAUUACUGGGAAGACGCUCUCAGACAUAGCGUCUACCUAACCCUAGUUAAAGAUAAAAUUAAACAACUCAUGACGAAAGUUGACAUCGAUACAUCUGACAGCAGAACUGGAAACUACGAUCCGAAAGAGACCGAGGACCAAGGACUAUGGGAUAAAAUAAAAAAUGCACCGUUCAAAAGAUUACCGGAAGAGGAACCGGCCGUUGGUGACGUCACCAUCAUGGCGAAGGGACGACUUUUAGAAGAUAAGAAAGGAUUUUCCUUCGCUGAAGACGAAAAAUCCAAAGAAACUUGCAACGAUGACAAAUGUAACCAAGGGGUGAGAGCAUUCUGGUCUGUUAAGAGAGUGAGACAGAGAGAUCACGAAACAUCUCCAGGCAAAUAUCAUUAUGAGCUAACAUUUUCCGUUUCAUCCCAGACACCUAAGAAACCGAAGAAGGUCCAAGAAAAUCCUAUUAUAACAUACACAGUGCGUGAAAAUUACCCUAGAAGAAUAGUAGAUAAACCACAGGAAUACCGAAAGUUUGACACACCGAAAACUCAAACCAGAAGACCUGAGAGGGCGAUAUGGUUUCACAGAAACAUAGCACCCGACAAACAAAUCGGUAGAAGACAGUUCUUCCAAGGUUUUGAUUCAUUAUUCUCAUCACUUUUCUCUAACGAUAAUUCAAAUCCUUACAAUCCUCAACCCACAAAACACAAACAUAACCCAUACGGUGCACCAGUUGGUUACCAAAACCCGAAGAUAAAUCACGGGGGCGUUCACAAUGAUCAUCAUCAAAUACCAUAUCCCUAUAAACCGAACUUUAACCUGCCCAUUCAAGCACCACCGAUCCUGCCACCACUUAAUUCAAUUCAACAGUACCAGGACUUAAGUACAUUCACAACUGCGAACAGUAACCUGUACCCAUUGUACCCAUUUGACCAAAGAAUGGAACCGCGACCAGUCCAAGGCUCGAAGACGAACCGCCCAGCUGUAUUGCCAACUCCAUUACCACCAAUUUCACCCAUACGAGAUUAUUCUAUAGAAGCGACGCAACCAAUCUCUUUUGAAAAUUUUGAUAAUACAACACAUCCGUCUGAUACUCUAAAUUAUCCGAUAACGCAUAAUAAGCAUAAGCCCUAUAAGGUGAAUUAUUUCUCAGAUCAUAUAAGGCCACCCGUAUACAAUGCACCGCCUGGAGUUUUUGUUACGAUGGAUAAGAAACCAUUUAAGCCCAUGCCACCAUUAAAAUAUGCCCAUAUUUCUAAGCCACAUAGACCUAACAGACCGACAGAUUUUCGACCCAGCCCCCAAGUCAUGGACGUUCAGUUUUCUGAUCCUGAUUCAUUUGGGGAUACUGCAUUCAGACCAAUAACAGUUGGUUACGCGGAAAACAAUAAAACAAACAAUAUAGAAUUAACCAAUAAGAAGAAAGAUAAUAAAAGUAGGAAACACUCAUCACAUGGAAAAAAACCGUUAAAAAAACAUGAAACACCAAAAUCUCAACACGUUAGUACAACAGUACCUGAUAUUAUAACAGCGCAGACAUUAACUUCGAGUGAAAUUGAGACAUUGGAUUGGGCAAAUAUUUUAGGAGCAUUUACAAAAACAACACCAAUGGUGUCACAAACAGAAGGUGUACGUGUUGCUGAAACAACAACUACUCCCAUGUCUACAACAGUAACAACGACCAAAAAGGUAACGUCUACAACAGAAAAGGUGGCAAGCAUCAGCACAACCACGAAAACUCCGCUUAAAAAAAGGACGCGACCGCCACCAAAGUUUAAAAAAGAAGAAAAGAUUAAAAAGCACAAGAGAACAACAACAACAACAACAACGACAACUACGAAUGCACCUGAGGACAUUAAGAAAAGACCAACACACGAUCUGACACCACAAGCAAGUUCUGCUGCAACAGCCAUACCAACAGGAACUACGAAAACUUACAAAGAAUUACAAAACCACACACAACAGCCAACAACUUUAAGUUCCACUACAACAACAUCAACAACAACCAAACCAACAACAACAACAGCGUCUACAGAAACAACAGUUACAACAAAAAAACUAACAUCUAAAGAACCUAGAAACAAAAAUCGCUUCCGACAGUCAACAUUAAUACUCAAAGGUACCUCGGUCAAACACGAUCGAUGGAAUGCAAGUCAAAGAAACCAAUCAACAGCUACAUUGACAUCAACAACAUCAUCACACAGACGGAAAGGCUCUAAUUUCCAGGGCUAUAUGUCUUCUACUGCACGACCGAUCGACGAGGCCAGAGAAAAAGCCCAUGCGGAUAAAACUUCCACUACUACUACUACAGAAUCUAGUAGCACAAAAGCGAGCGAGACAACAUCACAAAUGACUCCGUCUAUCGAAGAAACUGUAGACCAAUAUGAAACAAAUAGUGUUGUACCCUUCCAAGCAUCAAACGAAGAGGACAAUUCAUUUGAUGAAUCCAACAAUUCCAAAUUAGAUACAUCACUAACAGAAGACAAUGAAGAUAUCAAAACAACUCCAUCUUCAAUAAAAAUAACAUCAGAUGGAAACGCAAAAAACAAAACUAAAUGUAAAAAGAAGAAAAAUAAUAUUGUUACAACAGAAAAAACAGAUGAAUCAGAAUCUAUUACUCAAGUAAUAACUUCACAACCUUUAAUAGGCAGAACGGGUACAGUUGCAUCAGCAAGUAAUAUAGAAGAAAUAAUUAAUUUCAACUUUGAUGACGAUGCACAGCAAAAUGAAGGAAGCAAGACCGAUCAAGAUUACAACUAUGAAAAUUAUACAAAAACUGGAGACGACUUUGAAGAUAUAUUUAGUUUAUUAGACGGUAAACAAAACCAAUCCGAUCAUGAUGAUUAUGAUGAAGAUGAUGAUGAUGAUAAUCAGGAUGAUGAUGGAGACACUGAAUUUGAUGAUGACGUAGAAACGGACCACAAAGCUCCAUUCAGCUUCUUGGAAUUAAUGGCUAUGUCAUAG